CACGUCCAGACGGGUUUGGAAUAUGUCCAGGGAAGGAGACUCCACUGCCUCUCUGGGCAACCUGUUCCAAUGCUUUAAAUUUGUUUACUCUUUAAAUGACGAAGGCACAGGGAUAAGGGAGAGGCUAGUCCAAAGGGCAGGAUAAUAGCCUAGGACUUGGACUUAAUCUGGCAGUUUCCUUCUCCUGCCACACGUUUUCUGUGUAUUGUUCGGCAAGUCACCUUUGUGCUGUAUCUGUAAAUAGGGUCUAAUAGUAUUAUUCCAGUUUAUAGGAGUAUUGUGAGGAUAGAGAUAGUGAAGCAAUUGAAAAAUAGAAGUGUAUAAGUUUCUGAAAUGAGAAAUUAUUUUGCGGUGUGUCUCCUGUACUUGCUUGACAUCUUGCUUCCUAAUACUUGCUAGGUGGUGCUGUAACUCUUACUGUAUGGACUCUUGCUCAGUAGCAUGGGAGAAGAGGAAGGACUACAUCAAACACAAUUACUGAAGUUAAGCGUGCAAGUAGAAACUCAGGAGGAGCGAGGAGAAACUGCCUCUCCAGUAGGCGGAAUACAGCCAUUGAGGUGCUUGCUUCUGUGCGAAGCAACGGCUCCUGACUUCCAUCAAGUAUGGAACUUAAUGGGAGCCAGGAGCUGGAAGCCCCAGCCUCUCAGAUGCCUCUCUCCGAUGCCAUGACUUGUGGACCUGCUCACCCUUGGUUCCCGAGUGCCGUCUUUGGGACCCAGUCCAUAUGUUCCUGACCCCUGUUGUACCACACUGGCCAUUCUAUAACCUGGACACAAUGUUCGUACGAGGAUUAAAGAGAAAAUGUUUUGAUGGUGAAGAAGAUAUUGAAGGAACUCUGGCUGGCAUUAAAGCUAUUCCUUCAUAUAAUCUUCAGCGACAGUCACUUUUAGAUAUGUCCUUGGUUAAACUUCAGCUGUGUCACAUGCUGGUUGAACCUAACCUUUGUCGUUCGGUACUUAUAGCCAACACAGUACGACAAAUCCAAGAGGAAAUGACCCAAGAUGGGACUUGGCAGAUGAUAAAUACACAGAGUACAGGGCAGACAUCCCUCGAUCGCCUUGUUUCAACGGAUAUCCUCUGCCGUUCAUCCAGGGAACAAGCUGAGGGAAAGCAUGUUCCAGGUUAUAGUACUUUCAAUAAAGACUUUGAGGAUGACCAGACACAAGACAGUUCAGAAACUAUGUCAACAGCUUCUUCAGUGCAAGCUCCAAGAAACCUGCAGAGCAACGUAUGGGAAAUGGAGAAUCCACAAGAAAAUAGAGGAAACUUUCAGAAAUCAUUAGAUCAAAUAUUUGAGACACUGGAGAAUAAGAGUCCUAAUUCUGUUGAAGAUUUGUUUUCAGAAGUUGACAAUUCUUACUAUGAUCUUGAUACAAUGUUAACAGGAAUGAUGAGCAACACAAAAAUGGGACACUGUGAUGGGCUUGAAACGUUUUCUUCUCCAACGACUACAACUUCUAACUCUAAUUGUAAAUCUGAUCUUAACGAGCUUGAUCAUAUUGUGGAAAUCCUUGUUGAAUCUUGAGCCUGCUUGUCUAGGAGAUAAAGAUCUGUUAAUGGAAACGAAAGACUUGAACUAUUUUCACAUAGUUUUUUCUAUCAAAUCUGCACGUGUAUUUUACAAAUAUCUAUAUAUUCUAUAGAUAUAUAUAUUAAAAAAGCACUUCAUAUUGCAAAAUAGUGUUAACUCUUAAAGUUAACCUGCAACUUGUAGUGUAAUAAUUCAGUUUAUUGUCCCUUGAACUGUGAGUACAUAUGGAAAAUGUUUUAAAGUUUGGGGUCUGAGGCUUUCGAAAUUGGGUUCCUUUUGCCAAUUUGUUUUAGCCUUUGGAGGAUAUGUUCAGCAAGAGGGAUUCUCUCAUCUUUCCUUUUCCUUAUCCUUCCCUCAGUUAAAAGUAGAAAACCAGUUAUCCAACUUCUCUCUGUGUUUGUUAUUUUCCUCCGCUUUCCAGGCCAACGUUUUGUUACGCCACAACUCCUACAAUAUCUGCUGCUUCUAUUGUAAGUCGCUACACGGCUCUUAAAGAGCAAUAUGCAAUAGUUCCUGUUAUCUUAGCUAGCUUAUUCUGGGUUUUGCUACUAUUUUUUCUUUAAAAAUAGUUUUAAAGUGUUUAUUGAUGUUUAGUUUUUUGCAGAUGUUUUCCUAAAAUAUAUUUUUACUACAAAUGUUAUGUCAGCUGCUAACUUAGUAACUUUUGAUCAUAUCUGCAGUUGAUGUAUUUUUUAAAAUUUUUUUCAAAAAGGGAUGUUUUUACCAUGAGCUACCCAAUGUAGUUCAGUAAAGUGUAUAUACAUGUAAAUAUGAUUUUAUACUUUACAUUAAAAUGUAAGAGCUGUUUUCAUGAUUCUGUUUUAUAGAGUAGUACUUUACUAAAUUGAGAAUUGUACAAUUAUGUUUUUUAUGCCACGUAUAGUUGAGUGUCAUUAGAGGAAAAGCUCUGCUCCAGCUAGAUACAAAUACAUUUAAUUCAGUUCAGACCAUAUUUUUUGUUAACUGCAAACCUAAAUGACAUAGGUUUUUAUUUAUGUGUAUUUAUAUGUAAAUGUCAUCAAGUGAAUUGUUUGUCACUGACGUCUGCCAUCAAAUAUUUGUUUAUAUGGGAUAAUUAUCUUGCACUAAUUACUGCAAAAA